GUACAUUGGUAAAUAAACAAAUUCAACCUUCAUUGUGACUCGCAUGUCGCUUCCAUAAAGGGGCACGCAUCGUUUGUAAUAUCGGAAGUUUCUUUGAGUAGUUCUCAUCUGUGGGUUUCGUUUAAUCCAUCAUUUAAAGAUAUAAUAUUUAUUCACUCUUCUCUUCAUAUAUGAUCACUAAAAGAAAGUUAUGAGUGGAGACAUUAUCGCAAGUACAGAUCGUCGCAGGCGAGUGCGCGCGAGAAAUGCAGUGAUAGCGUGCAUUAUUGCGCGACGGUGUUACGGGAAUUUUCUUAUUUUACCUUAUGUAUUAUGUAUAAGACCGUAUAAGUAUAUAACACGUUCAAUAAUGACCGGACCAACACAAUUAUUUGAUGUGCUCUGAAUUACUAGAAACACCAACGGCGCAUUACUAUGAAUUCACAAAAUUCGUAUACCUACAUCUUCUAGAAAAUUUAAAGACUAUCAUAAGAUGAUUUGUAAAUAAAUAACAAGCAACCACUACUGAGAACUUGUUAUCACGAUGAGGUCAGACCUGACAGAGGUCGCUUGGUUCGCGCUCCCCGUAUCUACAGAUCCGCAGCGCAGUAUGCGUAUUCGAUCGAGUUGGAUCGCUUAACCCUGACUAACGCACACGAAAAGUAUCGGAGAUCUCGAAAAAAAGGCUGUGACUGCUUUAGUCUUUAGACAACACCUGCGCGAGUGCCUUGUCAAUAUGAAGAUCAUUGGAAUUGUUCUGUUAUUAGUCUUUUACGGCAGUGAAUGUCGCAAGAUUUACAAGCCGAUUGACAAAAAUGCCAACAUCGAUUUCAUUAAUAUGGAAGCUGGGGGAGCGAGGCCAGUAGGGAAGCCAACUGAUAAGCCACUCGCAAAGCCGCCUGUUGUCCAGCCUGCUCCUACACCCGUGCCUCCAGCUCAGAUUAAACCUAUCGUGACAACUCUAACGCCUGUACCUCCGAAGCCGGUUCAUCCAACUCUACCGCCCAACCAGAUUAAGCCUGUGCCUGUGUACCCUACUCCAGCGACGCGGCCUAUCACCACUCCAGGACCUGGAAGCGUGCAGCAGCUCGUCACUUUCUACAACAGCCAGGGCAAAGGAAGUGUAAUCAGGCCGUACAGUUACAGCGAUGCCGUAAAGCAAGGUUAAACAUUUAACGAAAAUAUCAAGGAUUUAAUAUGUCUAUUGUGGAAAUAUUGUUAUUCUAUUAAGACUUGAGAUUUUUAAAAGCACGUUUUCAAUUGGCCGUAGAAAAAACAAAAACAUUUUAAUUUGUCUUUUAAUUAAAUAUUUAACUGACUGUCAGUAGAAGUGUAGAAAGUGGAAGGUGCUUAAAGAUUUAAUUUAUGUAAAAUAAAUUAAUGCUGGAUUUUAAAUUAAAUAAUUACUCUGA